GCGAAUAACCGGCAGUUUUUUCUUUUCUUUUUUGUUUGCCAAAUGGUGGUGUAACAAACCUCUGUCAAGUUGAAGGUCAUCUGGCAACCUACGUCGCUCAAUUCGUUGGUUUUUCUACGGAGGAUCCGUCUAAACCACCUUUCUCGUAGCCAUCGAAUCAUCAGGUAGCCGUCGAUCCUGAGACUCCACAUCAUGGACCCUUGGACUCCAAGCUGUGCGUCCCCCGGCUAUGCCCUUUUCCCCGCCAUAUAGCGUAUAGCCGCCCUGGAUGCUGACAUUGGAAUCCCCACCAGCCUGGGCUUCGAAACCCAUCAAGCAGGAUGUCCCGUACAAUGAUGCUACAGGUGUUCAAGCCGCUCUGGACAAGUUACAGAAAUUGCCUCCGUUGGUCACUACGCAAGAGAUCACCAACUUGAAGAAGAACUUGAAAAAUGUGGCACUGGGAAAGGCCUUCGUACUCCAAGGAGGAGAUUGUGCGGAGCUGUUUGACUACUGCAAUCAAGACAUGAUUGAGGCUAAAGUUAAGCUGCUUUUGCAGAUGAGCUUGGUUUUAAUUUGGGGUGCCAAUAAGCCCGUCGUCCGUAUUGCGCGGAUAGCAGGGCAAUUUGCCAAGCCGCGGUCGAGUCCGAUGGAAGUUGUCAACGGCGUUGAGAUGCCCUCUUUCCGUGGAGACAACAUCAAUGGCUUCGAGGCCACGCCGGAAUCCCGCAAGCCAGACCCAUCACGGCUGGUCUCCGCAUACUUCCACUCUGCCGCCACACUCAACUACCUGCGCGCAUCGCUAACCUCUGGUCUGGCCGAUCUACACUCCCCACUGGACUGGGGACUCGGCCAUGUCAUCACCCCGACCAUCAAGGAGAAAUACGAGCGCAUCGUCAACCGGGUCAAGGACGCCCUGCGGUUCAUGCAGACCGUGGGGAUCGACACCGACCGCGGUGUAGAAACCGUCGACAUCUACACAAGUCACGAAGGUCUCCUACUCGAAUACGAGCAGAGUCUAACCCGCCUGUCGAAAAACCCCGCCAUUGAAACCACCCACCCUGCACAAGCCGCCGGGGCAACCGCGCCCCCGCAAAGCUACUUUGCGACAUCCGCCCACUUCCUCUGGAUCGGCGACCGCACCCGCCAACUCGACGGCGCGCACAUCGAGUUCUUCCGCGGCAUCGCCAACCCCAUCGGCAUCAAGAUCGGGCCCAGCAUGACCCCAGACGAGCUCGUGCGCAUCCUCGACGUCGUGAACCCCAGUCGCGAGAUCGGCAAGGUGACUCUGAUCUCCCGUUACGGUGCGCAGAAGAUCGCCCAGCAUCUGCCCAGCCACAUCGCCGCCGUCCAGGCCUCCGGCCACCUGCCCGUCUGGCAGUGCGAUCCCAUGCACGGCAACACGCAGUCUACGCCCUCCGGCGUCAAGACUCGCCAUUUCACCGACAUUCUCUCCGAGCUGCGCCAAGCUUUGGAAAUCCACAAGGCGGCCGGCUCGUUCCUUGGUGGCAUGCAUCUUGAGCUGACUGGCGAGGCGGUCACGGAGUGCGUUGGUGGUGCCGGCGGUUUGACCGAGGAGAACUUGAGUGAGCGGUACACGACGUUCUGUGAUCCCCGGUUGAAUGAGAAGCAGGCGUUAGAGUUGGCGUUCUUGGUGGCUGGAUUCUACCGCGAGAUGGACGAAGAGACGAAUUCAAUCUAACGAGGAAAUGUGCAUACCAUAUCUCGGGGGUUUUUUCUUUCUUCCUUCCCUUUUUACCUUUUCUUCAUCUACUUGGAAUAUAAAAGCAUGAAAGCGUGAUAUGAUGACGAGCGAAAUACAAAAGUGUCGUACAGUGGGACCCAAGAAUAUACUCACUAUAGUGAACCAAACAAUAUUGGACAUGAAAUUUAAGAAACCCCGCAAAAUAGCCCUUAUCGAUAAACCCACGCAGAUACUGGUUGAGCUCCGAAGCCAUUGCAUCCCGGUAACAUUGUUCAGGAAAUCGAACCAACGCCGGCGACAUCAGAUGCUUGAAAUUA